AAUCAAAGUGAACAAUCCCUCUAAAACUUUCUUCCUCUCUUUUUAACCCUCUGUUGCUCCUCCUGCUUAGCUGUCACAUCUACUUUACAAUCUGCUAGCGAGCUAUGUAACUAUAUAUAUUAAUUUUAAGUAAUUCCUGUGUGUGUAGUAGCAGUUAGAGGAGGUUGCCAGCCGUGGUGUGAAUCACUUUCUCAUGCUGCUGUGAGGAGCUGCUGCUGCUGCUGCUGCGUCCUGCUAUGGCGUCCGUGUACAGCGGAUCCCACACCUUGAGCAAGGAUGAUGUGAAUUACAGGAUGCAUUUCCGAAUGAUAAACGAGCAGCAGGUUGAAGAUAUCACGAUCGACUUCUUCUACAGGCCACACACGAUAACACUGCUGACAUGCACCGUGCUCAGUUUGAUGUAUUUCGCGUUCACAAGAGAUGAUGGGAAUCCAGACAGUAAUCUCUGGGUGGGGCUCAUCCUGGUCAUCUCCUUCUUCCUUGUCAUCAGUGUUUUGGCAUUUCCUAAUGGUCCAUUCACCAGACCACAUCCAGCAAUAUGGCGAAUAGUGUUUGGUCUGAGUGUCCUCUACUUCCUGUUCCUGGUUUUAAUCAUCUUCCUCAACUGGCAGCAAGUGAAGCAGCUAAUGUAUUGGUUGGACCCAAACCUGCGUUAUGCCAAGAGAGAGGCAGACAUAAUGGAAUAUGCUGUGAACUGCCACGUCAUAACCUGGGACAGAAUCCUGAGCCAUUUUGACAUUUUUGCAUUCAGCCAUUUCUGGGGCUGGGGUAUGAAGGCCCUGCUCAUUCGAAGCUAUGGCCUCUGCUGGACCAUCAGUAUUACCUGGGAGCUUACUGAGCUGUUCUUCAUGCAUUUGCUGCCUAACUUUGCUGAGUGCUGGUGGGACCAGGUGAUUCUGGACAUUCUGCUGUGUAAUGGAGGAGGCAUCUGGCUUGGCAUGACUGUCUGCCGCUUUUUGGAGAUGAGGACCUACCACUGGGCCAGUAUUAAGGACAUCCACACCACCACAGGGAAGAUCAAACGAGCCGUGCUACAGUUCACCCCAGCAAGCUGGACCUACGUGCGCUGGCUUGACCCAAAGUCUUCCCUGCAGCGAGUGACGGGCGUCUAUCUGUUCAUGAUCAUCUGGCAGCUAACAGAGUUGAACACAUUCUUCCUCAAACAUAUCUUCAUCUUUCCUGCAAGCCAUGCUCUCAGCUGGUGUCGCAUCCUGUUCAUUGGUAUCAUCACAGCUCCAACAGUGAGGCAGUAUUAUGCGUACCUUACAGACACACAGUGCAAGAGAGUUGGGACCCAGUGCUGGGUGUUUGGGGCAAUAGCCUUUCUGGAGGCCUUGGCGUGUAUUAAGUUUGGACAGGACUUGUUUUCAAAAACACAGAUCCUCUAUGUGAUCCUCUGGCUUCUGUGUUUGGCCUUCAUUACAUUCCUGUGCCUGUAUGGAAUGGUGUGGUAUGCUGAGAAUUAUGGUCCAAGAGAAAAGAGCCUCUCAGAGUGUGAAGACAGUAAUUACACUGAAUCUGCUGACCAUGUGUCAGAAGGAUUUAAAGUGUUUGACCCACACGUUUCAGAAGAUACAGAUGUGGAAGACGACAGCCCUACAACAAGACGUAGAGCGAAGGGCUCCGGAAUGACCAAACCCAUCAACGGCCUGGACAGCCAGUAGGAGUUGGAGCCAGAGGCUGCUGUGCGACUCCUGAACUCACUCCCAGGAGCCAGGUGUGACGGAUCGCAGGAAACACUUCAUGGUGUAAUUAAAGUCUAGAAAGCCCCCACCAACAGUAGAGGGAGUGGAGACAGGAGAGGCUAAGUGGAUGAACAGGCCCAUGCAGUGUUAGUAGGAGUGCACAGAGGCUUGGACUACAGAGAUGUGCACUUACAUGUGUGCUGUAGUUGUAAAGAAAACCUCCUAAACCACUGAUCACAGGUUACUGUGUGUGUGAAAAGAGCGAGAGAAAGAGUGGUAGUGUGUGUGUGUGUGUGUGUGUGUGUGUGUGUGUGUGUGUGUGUGUGUGUGUGUGUGUGUGUGUGAGAGAGUGUGUGAGAGAAAGAGAUGGUGUUAGAAACUGCCGAUUCUAGAUGUGACUGCAUGAUCAUUGUAGCUGAUGAACUAUAAUUUACAAACAUUUAUUCUAUGAAACAGUAUAUCAUUGAUGGUUAAUGUGCAUCGGACUGGUUUACAACCAGCCUUAACUCCAGUAUGUUGGUUCAACACAUUUCAAUGUUAAAAGCCAUUAUGUAGAAUUUAUCACAUAAAUUGGAGCCUCUAUGUUUAUAGCACAGAAAAAAAAGCUUUUUAUUAGCAUCAGUCAUCUAUUGUCGUGAUAGAUGGUCACACUUGUUUGGUGUUUAUAACUUGAAUGUGGGCAGGAUUUCAAUGCAAGUUGGCUUGAGCUCGGUAGGCGAUGAGGAUUGUGUUUGACCUGGAACAAAGCAAAGCACACAGUUUAAGCACUUUUCAGAAUGUUUUCUUGCAAAUACUGUACAUUUUGUAACGCUUGAGUGAGUAUUUUGUGAAUCAUUGUGACUUUGAGUGAUUUUACUCUCCCUGUCCAUUUGUGGCUGCUAUCUUUUUUUUUUGUUGUUAUUUUUACUGUACUGAUAACAGAGGGCAAUUAUUCAAAUUCCUGCAUGUGUCGUCAGGCUCUACCUGUCUGUGUGCAGACGUGGCUUCGUUUUACUGUUGAGCCUCUCGUUAUUGCAUAUAUUGCAUUUGCAUGGCAGUGUCAAAUCACGUGUUUAGUAGGAAAAUGUUACAUGAGUAAUCCACAGAUAUUUGUAUUACACCACCAGGGUGCCAGUAUUGUUUGUUUUUUUGUCUUUCACUGUAAUUCUAACAUUUUAAUUCACCCCUUGUGCCUGUUUGCGUGUUCUUUUUUUUAUUCCCAACUGUUUUCAGUUUGUAUUACGACUAAAAUUUGGCUUUUUUGUGUUUGAUUCUUCUGCUCUCGAGUGCUUUCUUGAACAUUCAUUUUCAUUUUGCUCUGUCAGCAUCAUCUCAGUACAGAUAUAACCCCUCAUAAUCCUCGACAAUCCAGACGUUGACCUCUGUGGAAUGGACCAGCCUUCCAUGCUACAGUAGACAUUAUAAAUGGUACAUUGUCUCUGGAUUUAGAUGUCAUUUGCCAAAAACAAUUCAGUUGAAAAUGGCUGUUCUUUUUCACUGUGAAAUAAUGAGACAUAUUAAAAAAUGUUUUACAUUUCCUCUUAAACACUGUGUGAGUUAUUACUGGA